AAAUUACUUUAUUUAUGUUUACUGUAUGUAGCAUACUUAUUUAAUUUACAUUAAAUUAUUAAACGCUACUACAAUAAAAGUUUAGUUUAUGCCAUUAUGUAAAUUUGUCUAAAAGUGAAGAACUUUACAGACAUGUCUGAAUUCGAGAUUAACGAGGCGUUGGCCUCGUUAGAGAUGCUAAUGUCGGAGUUUUUUGCUCCAACAACAAAUAAUUUUAGAAAAAGGGAAAUUGAAAAUAUGCUUGAGAAUUUUUCAAACCAUCGCGACUCAUGGAAGCAUUGUUUGUUAUUCCUACAAAAAACUCAGAAUCAAUAUGUCUUAAUGUUUAUACUCACAACACUAGAAAAAAUAAUAAAUCGGCAAUGGCUCAGUCUAUCAGAUAGUGAAAGAACAGAAAUCAGGUUGAAUUUGAUGAAUGAACUGAUGACUAAACAUGAAACAAUGUUGUAUUUUAUUCGAAACAAAUUAGCUGCACUUCUUGUCUCCAUUGCCCGCUAUGAUUGGCCACAUUUGUAUCCUGACUUUUUCAGUAAUAUAGUUGAGUUACUGAAAUGUGAGGGUCACCAGUGCAUAGUUGGGUUGGUUUUAGCUCAAGCAGCCAGUGAAGAGUUGGGCGCAGCUCGUGACACGGGUGUAUUACUCCUGUCUACAAGGCGGAGUCAACUAGAAAGACUUAUGCUGAAAGGCAUGCCGCAAAUGCUAUCGGCACUUAGUGCCAUAUUGGAGCGGAAUGCUCAAAAGGAAGGCCAGUCAAAUCCCCCUCCAUCUCCUACCAGUGGAUUGCCGCAAACAUCAGCAUUGCCUGAUUUACUGGCUAAUGCGCAUGAUGUACAUUCAGCAGAUAAAGCACUUAAUAUGGAAAUUGUUGUGAAGUGCCUUACUACACUCCAGCACUUGUUUCUGUGGUUGCCACUUUCGUCACACGUCCCACCCUCACUUGUCACCACUGUAUUUUACUGGGGUAGUGUUGCUACACAAUCACAGAGCGUGGAGGCAGCGCUUGCGGGCUUGGGCGGCGUUUGCGAGCUGUUAUACCGGCGGUACGCGCCGCCGUCCUCGGCCGCUACGGCCUUGCGUCUGCACCACUGCGCAUUGCGCCUACUGCGGUACCUCACCCAGCAUACGCAUCACAUGCAUCGUGCACACGUUGAUUACCUAAAUAAGCUGUCAGAGUUCCUAAAGUUGUUUGUGUCCCUGCAUUUUAAGAGGCUAGAGGCUGAACCCGAGUUUGAUGCUAUAGACUUCUUGUCAUACUUAUUCCAGUACACAUUCCAGGUGCCAACAUGUUCUACAUUUAUAAGUUGCUUGGACGUAUGGAUACAAUUUAUCGACGUGUUAAAGCCUGAAGACACUCCCAAGUAUUGGGAAGCCCUACAGGCGCUGGUGAAUGGUGUGUUGAACAAAAUACAGUUUCAACACAACAAAGCUCAGUUACAGCAUCUUGACAACGACAUGUGUGACGAUGAUGGAGAAACGGAAUGGCAAAAAUUCCUUAAACACUGUAUAGAAUGCAUCGCACGGGUUGCGGAUUUGGCGCCUCUAGACGUAUUUACUGCAGUGAUGGAACGCUGGCAGUGCCUGGCCGGCGUACACGCGCGCGCAUCCGGUCGUGGUGGGGCCGUGGUAGAGGCGGAAGCGGAUCGCUUGCUUGCCGCGCUUCUGGACUUGGCCACUUUGACGCGCGUACUUGGUCGGCUAGCACCCUCCUUGCUUGCUGAGCCCGAGCACAGCACGGGCGGCACAGGGUCCGUGGCGGGUGCGGGCACCACAAACCGCGGCUGUUCGGCUGGUGCAGCGCUAAUCGAGCGUUGUGCGAGCGCACUUGCGGGUGCGGCGUUAACGCGCCCGCAUCGCUCGCACCCAUCUGCGCUGGCUCGGGCCCACGUUAUCUUGCAUGCAGAAAUGUUCGCGUGUAUGGGCGCUUGGUGCUGCUACGCGAGUGACUGCAACGUGCCCCUACACACUAUGGAGAGUCUGUUCAGUUCAGCGUUGCCCUUCCUUGUGCCGCAUGAUGUUCCGGAGCCACCUUUACUGUGUCACGCGGCAGCGCACUUACUUCUCAGCUUAUCGAAGAAUGUCAAAUUUACUAACGACCUGAUGGUUAUGCUAGGCGACUUGUACAAUCACGCUCAGCGCUCCUUGCACUAUUUGGAACCAAAGACGGGCGGCGUCGUGCGAGAGGCACUCGUGUCGUUGGCACUAGCGCGCGGUGCGAGUUUGGCAGGCGGAAUAGGCGGCGGUCAAGACGCCGCACGUGCACUUCUAGCGGCAUGGUCGGCGGCACUUCCGGCAGCGGGGCCCGCCGCAGCACUACCGCCUCUCACCGCACUGCUACAUGCGUUUGCCGCUGCACCCACUGCCGCUAAAAAGAUAAUAGCAGAAGGCAUAUGUAGCGCGGCAGAGAGCGCUUUGCGUAUGCUGUGUGAACCGGCGUGCACCGCAGAGACCGAAAUUACUGACUUCUUCUUGGCUCUCUUCACAGCACUGCUGCCACAGCUCGGAAACUUCGCCUAUACUGCUAUUGAUGUUUUCCUAGAGGUAGCACAAAGAGGAUCGGGCGACGGCUCGGGCAGUUUGGAGCGGCUGGUAGAGUGCGUGCGGUUGGGCGUGGAGGCAGGCGGUGGGGGCGUGCGGGUACACGCGGUGUUGGAACUACUGCACUCGCACGUGUUGCCGCGCGCGGAUCCCGCUACACCCACGCUCGCACGCGCUGCUCAUCGCCUACUCGCAAGCGUUCUAGUGCACCGUUGGCGAUACUUCUUUCCGCACAAGUGUGAAGGCGAGGAGGCUCUGCGCCGCACGGCGGAACUCCGCGGCGCAUUGACGGCGCUCGGCCGGGCGCUUCUGCAGCCAGACAUUGAGUUGCUACGUAUCAACCUCAACACACUCGACACACUCAAUACCAAAUGGAAAUUAUAUCACAAGGCGAUUUUCCGUAGCGAGUUCAUGGGAUCGGUGCUAACGGUGCUAUUAUCGGGGCUGACUGAAGGCGGCGCCCGGGCGUUAUUACUCGACGAAGCGCUAGCGGCCGUUCACGCGAUGGCGGCCGUAGACUUUGUGGCCUUCCGACGCGCUUUCCUGCCGCAUUUCAUACAAACGUUGCCUGGUUUGGAGCCGCAUCACGUUCGUUUGCUCGCGGACUUCCCUCCAGAUACGGAUCUUCCAACGUUUACACAGAACAUCCAGCGGUUGAUGAAUGACGUGAACUGUUACCGCACAUAUCAAUCCCUUGCGUGCAACACUAUGGGUUCCUAGUAUUUAAUAUAAGUGAAUCCAGAAGUACGCCGGUGCUGUGAUUUUAAGUCACCAUAUAGAAUAGUUGUAUGAUCAUUCAUGAUAUGCGCCAGGACAGUUCAUUGAAGUUGGUUGUUGAUGACGUGUUCCGUUAUUGGCGUGUAAGAAGUCUUGUUUUUUCUAAAAUAGUUAUUGCAAAAUCCCAAACUAUCCUCUAAACAUAUUAUCUCUUGUGGAGAUUUUUGUAAAGCAUAGCACUCUCAGAGUCACUCUGCGAGCAAAGGAAGGAGCUAAACUAGGAGUAUCUCAACGUGAUCAAAUCAGAAAUGAGGAGAUCAGAUAUAGCUUAACGAGUCGCGAAGCAGAAGUGGCUCUAAGAAAGCUUAGAGAACCAAAGGACAUCGGGGUUCCAAGGAGCUGGAUAACGACCACGCACCGUUAAACGCAGCGUUGUUACGACGAGGUAGACAGAUGCCAUCGAACGAGUCACAGGGUGCACUUGGACCCAAGCGGCACAAAACCUAUCUGUGGUGGUAUUUGAAACUACAAAAGACUUAUGAUGAUAACCCUCA